AUGACGCAAAUCUUGCCAAAAUGAACAAAACUUCCGAACAUCUCGAGACCACGAUGGGAUCAGAACACUUUUCAAGGAAGAGUCAACUACUUCUUUUCAACUGCAAAUAGCUUCAACGUUUUCGUCAGCAUUGCAAAGUUACAAAAUGCUCGCACCAUUGCUCUGGAGUACAAACAUGAAAAAUAUGAUCCGAAUAUGACUGUGGAUAAGUUGUGGAAGGCCAAGACACUCCAUCCAGAUACCGGCGAGAACAUGGCCAUUUUGGGAAGAAAAGGGAAGAAGACAUUUUUCAGAUAA